UGCAGUUUGCUAUUUUUUUAUCCAAUCCGAGCAGGGGGCGGGGCUUUCUGAAUUAGAAUUAGAAUUAGAACUAGAAUUGUUUUGGUUUAAAGUCCAACACAGCUGUGGUUUUGUGAAUUCGGCCACAAGUGAAGAGAAGAGAGCAGCAGAGCAUCAGGUUUCUAAUCAUUUGGACUUCUGAAUCUUAAGAAAAUGUCCUGUUGGUUAAUGAACGAGACUCUGGAGCUGGCGAAGGACUACAUUGACUUCUGCACCGGGAUCCAGCGGACUCCUCCCAGCGAGUCGGCCGAAGCCAUGCGCCGGUUGGGGAAAGAGCUGGAGCUCCAGCACAGAGUCAAGUUUCAAAACCUUUCACGCAGUUUCCUGUCGACCUGCAGCGUGAACUCGGACCCAAGCACCUGCCUGCGUAGCGUCAUGACCCUGCUGGUGGAAGACGGAAAUCUGAACUGGGGAAGAAUCGUCUCUCUGUUCGCGUUCACCGGCGUCGUCGCCGCAGAAAUUUUCUCCAGAGAAAACGGAGCGGAGAAGUGCAGGAGGCUCGCAGAGACCAUGGCAGAUUACCUGGGAACAGAGAAGGGCGACUGGCUACAGGAGAACGGAGGAUGGGACGGUUUCUCUAAGUUCUUCCGGAGCUCCACUCAGGUGGGUCAGGAUUCCUCCAUGAAGACGGCUCUGUUUGCAGCCGCAGGCGUCGGACUAGCAGGACUCACCUUCCUCCUCGUUCGCUGAUCCUCUCACCUUCACUUCACUUUCUCUCUCGUUGCCAUUUUUGUUCCCCCCCCCCCAGUUCCCAACAGAACUAUUUAUUAUACUGAGAGGUCAUGUUGCAUCUCCCUCAUUACUUCCUGAAAUUCUCCUGGAAAAUGAAAUGUUUUUUUUUUUUUUUUCAUCUUUAAAGCGUCUGUCUGCAUCGUGUCCUCUGAGUUUUUUUUUUUUGUUGUUGUUGUUGCUGUUGUUUUUUUUUUUUUUAUCUGUUCCUCUUUAAGUUUGAUGUACAGACUGGACUCCACACAAAUACACCGUGAGACUUUGUUUACAUCUUUUCCUGUUAAAAUUUCCCUUUAAAUGUCAUUUCAGAAGGUGCUACAGUUCAUUUCAUGAGAAAUCUCUAUGUUUUUAAUUUCUAACCAGUUUCCAAUACAACUUUUGUAAAUUAUAAGUAAUUUAAAAAAAAUAUUUAGCCAAUUUUCCCUUCCUUGACAAAAAUUGUAUUUUUGCAUUAUUUUAUUUAUUUAACACUUCAGAAAUAAACUGAUUCGGAACAA